CAUCAGCUGGAGCAGUGGGAAUUUUGAUGGUCUUGGCUGGCAUCUUAGGAAGAUAUUAUUGCCACAUGAAGAAUCCUACUUACAUAAUGAUUGAGAACUUUUUGAAGCAACAUGGACACCUUUCAUCCAAAAGGUACAAUUACUUGGAGGUAAAGAAAAUGACCAACUCCUUCAAAAAAAAAUUAGGCCAAGGAGGGUUUGGUAGUGUAUACAAAGGGAGGUUACAAAAUGGAAGUCUUGUGGCAGUGAAGGUUUUAAGUAAGUCAAAAGGUGAUGGAGAAGAAUUCAUCAAUGAAGUUGCUAGUAUUAGCAUGACUUCUCAUGUUAACAUUGUCAGUUUACUGGGGUUUUGCUUGGAAGGCUCCAAAAGAUUUCUCAUAUACGAGUACUUGCCCAAUGGAUCCCUUGAAAAGUUCAUAUAUGAAGAGAAAGAUCCUUUAAGGUUUAAACUCACAAUGAAUUGCACUACAAUGUACAAUAUUGCCAUUGGUGUUGCUCGAGGACUGGAGUAUUUGCACAAGGGUUGUAACACCAAAAUCUUGCAUUUUGACAUAAAACCUCACAAUAUACUACUAGAUGAGUUAUUUUGCCCCAAAAUAUCAGAUUUUGGACUUGCAAAACUAUGUCCAAGAAAAGAAAGUGCUGUGUCAAUAUUUGGUGCAAGAGGAACUGCAGGGUAUAUUGCUCCAGAAGUAUUUUCCAGAAACUUUGGUGCAGUGUCGCAUAAAUCAGACGUCUACAGUUAUGGAAUGAUGGUUUUGGAAAUGCUUGGUGCUAGGGAGAAUAAUAAUCGCAGAGUUGAUUUUUCAAGUGAAAAUUACUUUCCACAUUGGAUUUACAACCAUCUUGAAUCACAACAAGAUCUACAAUUUCGAUGCGCCAAAAAUCGAAAUGAUGAAGAAAUGGUGAGGAAAAUGACUAUUGUAAGUUUGUGGUGCAUACAGACCGACCCUUCAAAUCGACCUGCAAUGACUAAAGUGGUGGAAAUGAUGGAAGGCAGCAUUAGCUCUGUGCAAAUUCCUCCCAAAUCUUUCCUUUAUUCAUCUUCGGUUCCACAAUCCCAAUCAAGUGAUUCUUCAUAGUUAUUGAUCUACAGACCCAGCA